UUCCUCUCCCGGGAUCGCAGUCGAUCUCGUUCGUUUGCGACUAUCUCCGUGCGUUCGCCACCGCUGUUUUACCUCUUUUCGAUCUGUCGUUGUUGUACGAGGACGUGCACGUUUUUUUUCGUGAAUCAGAAUGAAAUACGUGGUGUUAACGAUAAUUCUCGGCUUGGCGGUAGCGCAGGAUUAUCACGGACGCAACUAUCAGCCAGACGACGGAAAUCAGCAACCCGACAGCAGACGACCCACAAGCACCACACCCAUUCCGAUUCUGCACUGGAACAAACAACAGGAACACGAUGGAACGUACAAGACUAGUUACGAAACGGGUAACAAUAUCAUCGCCGAGGAGAGCGGCUACAUCAAGACCAUCGGCGAAGGUGAAGACCGGGCGGAGGCGAUCGUGCAGCAGGGCACUUUCUCGUAUACGAGUCCCGAGGGACAGCUGAUCACCAUUCACUACACCGCCGACGAGACCGGCUUUCACGCGCAGGGUGAUCACAUUCCCACGCCACCGCCCGUAAGCGAAGAGAUCCAGAAAGGCCUCGACCUCAUCUACGCGGGCAUUCGUCAGCAAGAGGAGGAAGAAGCUCGCGCGGCGGCUCAAAAACCACAGCAGCCGUUGAACCAGCAGAUCGACAGGCGGGACGAGUACAACAGGAAGUUCUAGCGAAUUUUCCGUCAACGCUCCAGCGAUACAGCGUUUUCUCGCAUUGCUGUGUCCUUAAAGAAUGAUAACUAGCGAUUAAGUUGUUAACGUUACCUUCUCUCGCGCCUUCCAAAAAUAUACAUUUUCUAUAUUA